AUGCUAUAUUGUUUGGCAACUUAUUCUAUUGUCAGCGUUGGUCACAAAUUCCAGAAUUCGGAAAAUUCUCCGGAUGUCAAGAAAAGCCCUUGGGUACACGAGCAUCUCAAUGUUUGCCUACAAAAGAUGAGUACCAAAACUAAUAUACCAGGAGGCUAUGGUCUUUGUCCCGCAUGUGGUGGAAAAAAAACAUCUGAAAAUUGGUGCCCGCCAUGCCAUGCGCGACUGCUUCUUGACGAAUGUUCAGGAUUGACGAGUGGUGAUAAGAACUUGGAUGAGUUUAUCAGAAAAACUAUUACCGAUGCACGACGUUCUUAUGAUUACUUCGAAUGGAUUCCUUUUGAGAAUUUCAAGGAUAUCAAACAAAUAGGGAGGGGUGGAUUUGCCACCGCUUAUUCAGCGACUAGAACUAAUUGUCGGAAAGGUCAUUUCGAUUGGGAUGAAAAAACCAAGAAAUAUGUCAGAGGGAGUUGGAAAAACUAUAAAGUCGCACUGAAAUCCUUCCACAACACUCCUGACAUAGCAUCAACGUUCCUAAAUGAGAUAAAAACUCAUCACAAAUGCAUGAUGUUGCAAGAAGACGAAUUCCUCCAGUGCUAUGGGAUUAGCCGAAAUCCGGUAACUAAAGAAUUCAUAACAGUCUUAGACUACGCGCAGCAAGGUGACUUGCGCCAUUUCUUGCAAAAAAAUCAUGAGACCCUGAAGUGGGAGGACAGGCUACGUAUCGUGACCAAGAUUGCCAAAGAUUUGAAAGUUAUCCAUAGCACUGGACUUAUCCACGGAGACUUUCACAGUGGAAAUGUGCUGCAAGAAUCGACUAUCCCUAAAGUGUCUGAUUUUGGGCUGUCGCGUGUGGAUAAAGACCAUAUUCCAGAAGCUGACGAAAUAGCAGCAACUAGGGAUCGGGCAAUCCAAAAACAUAGCCCUGAAGCCAUUUAUACAAGUAGACUUAUUCACUAUGUCACCAAGAAACAGGAUACUUGUAAUGAUACCAAGCAGCAGGAUCUCUAUAUUAAUACCAGCUUACAGAAUCUCUGUAAUGAUACUAGGCAACAGGAUCUCUAUUUAAAUGACAUGACCGAAUAA